AUGCCCUUCUAUGGAGUUCUCGUCACCCAACAUCCGGAGGAGGCUAAUUUCUUCUCCAUGCCCUUUUCCAUCUAUAACAUGCGAAAUCACCCACUGUUACACUCAGAAUCAUCCAUCUCCAAUUUUGUUGCCCAGUAUACGUCGAGGAUAAGCUUGGAGUUCAAGUUCUGGAAUUCCCCUGGAGGCGCUGAUCACUUCUACAUCUGCUGCCAUUCAGUUGGACAAGAUACUGCCUCCAAGUAUCUUGCUUUACGUAAUAAUGCUAUCCAGAUCACUUGCUCGUCCAGUUAUUUUCAGAGGCUCUACACUGCCUACAAAGAUAUAGCGUUACCCCAAGUUUGGCCUCGACAGUACGAGCAAGUAUUGAAUCCUCCCGAAGCAAGGUAUACCUAA